GUCCAAUCAAUAGCGCAAGAUCAAGGCCACUAUUUAUGGUGAUCAAAUUGACGUUUAGACCGUUGACCAGAGCUUUUCCAAGUUAUGAGCUUUGAACGCAAGGUGAAUCAAGUUCGACAGGAACUAGUUCAGUGACAAUUUCGCAAUCUUUUGACAAUAAACCCAAACACCAAUGGUGAUGGGCAUGCUGUUAGAUUUGGUUGUCUGGUUCAUAAGCCUCGACUUAGUGUCCAGCAAGUCAUCAUCAUCAUCAUCAUCAUCAUCGUCAUCAUCAUCUUUGCCAUUAUCCUCCAAUGUGAAACUUGACGAAACAUUUCCUUAUGAUCCAUCGCUGCUGUACAACCGCCACGAGCCCACGAUACCCAGCGAAUAUUUACUUCAAUUCCAAUCUGAUGGAGUGCUCAGUAAUCAAACUUUUGCCUCUUACUCGGGAGAUCUGAAGGAGAUGCAUGAGAUGACUUGGUGCUACUGGUUCUACAUUCAUUAUCAUCAUAGCACCAUGUCCUUGGCCAGUUAUUGUGCGCCAAACAAGAAUUGCUCUCGAACCGAUGAAGAACCCAAGUGCUCCAAUAUCCAAUAUCACCUGGAAAAUAAAAAUCGGGAGGAAUUCCGCGUGGAAUUUUCCAUAUCGGAGGUCAAAACCAAGUCCCUGAAGGCCAAGGUCGUUCCAAAACGAUGGAACCAUCAUUGCCUAACUUAUGAGUCGAAAACUGGAAAAGUGACAAUGUUCAGCUCAGGAGAAGAGCAAAGUCAUGCAAUUCUAGUGGAUAAAAGUGCGGCCAUACAUCCCGUUUUCCCGGGUGAGGGUAUCUUGUUCUUGGGUCAAGAACAAGAAAGACUCUGUGGAGGCUUUGACGACUACGACUCGCUCUCGGCCGACAUUUCCGAAUUUCAGAUCUGGAACAAAAUCCUGCCAGCUCACACCAUUGCCAAACUCGCUAGAUGUGACUCUUUUGAGCAAGGUAACGCUCUCUCUUGGGAGAACUCGUCCUCAAAGUGGUCUUUGUCCAACGUCACUACUCGGAAGAGGCCCAAACUCCGAUCUGACUUCUGCAGAUCGUUCAAGUCGGACAUGUUCCUAGUGGUGUUCCCUGAGAGACGAACCGUGGAAAUGGCAUCAUCCGUUUGCAAAGUUCAUGGGGGAAAGCUUCCUGUUCCCCUUAACAUUCAUCAUAAUCGGCAAAUGGCCACGCUGGGAAAGAGCUUUGAGCCGGUUUGCUCACAGGAAGGCAAGGACAAUGUGAAUCAACCGUACAUGUGGCUGGGCAUUGAAGACCCUCUUGGAUCCGGGACCUGGAGAUCCAAGAUCAACCAGACUGUUAUCGAAUAUGAUAAUUGGGACAAAAAUGAAGGAUCCGAGGGAGAUACAUGUGCCAGAAUGCAAGGCAACGGGUAUUGGCGGGAUACAGUUUGCAAGAAAUCCGUGAAUCAUUGCGUCAUGUGUCACAUCUCCAAUCCUCAACAAUUGUUCACUCUCCGAGGUCUCUGUGACGAGUCUCAGUUCGACCGAGGCUACUUCUUGGCCAAUGGUCAGGUUCAGGACCAGGACACCACUCGGAUGAGGCCCAUCUACGAAGGCUACUUCACCCACAUUCAUUGGAGAAUUACCAAUCGAACCCACUUUAGAGACUCCUCUGGGUUUUGGGAGAUUUCCAGCCGAGUCCACAAUACCAACGAACAAUCUUAUUGGGCCCGGACCAAUGCUACCAGUCAGAUUGGAUAUCCUGUGGGUCGGCACCCCUGGCUGAUUAUCGAUCAUAAGUGCGACCUAUUCACGCCCACCUUGUUGAACCUGACCCUGUCUCGGUGCAGUGAGCAAGAGUUCACCUGCAAUGACGGCCUUUGCGUUCCAUCCCAUCAACGAUGUGACUUGGUUCAAAAUUGCGAGGACUUUUCUGAUGAGCUUGGAUGCGAUACCGUGAUCAUCCCUUCCACUUAUCUGCAAAACCCUCCAACGGAUCCACGCCACAUGGAUCAACCAGUUCAUGUCUCUCUGCGGAUCAAUAUCUUAAACAUAGACAAAAUAGACACGGUCAAUAUGAUGUUUGCUUUGACCAUGGAGGUCAAUGUGGAAUGGCGAGAUCAUCGCUUGAAAUACAAGAACCUCAGAGAAGGAUUGGGUCAAAACCAACUCAGUUCCGAGGAGAUUGAACGAAUCUGGCAACCCUCUGUGGCUUUUACCAAUGCUAAAAUCGGUCAAUUGGAGAUCAAAGAUCUUGGCAUCAUGGUCCGAAGGGAAGCAAACCCUCUUCCUUUCUCCCACCAAUCCCCGGUGGAAGACAAGAUUUAUUUGGGAACCGAGAACUCGUUGGUCAUCUCGCGGAAAUACUACGCGGAAUAUGGGUGCACGUUCGAUUUGAGAAGUUUCCCCUUUGAUGACCAACAAUGUACGAUGAACUUCACCAUGGAGUCUGCCAAGGCCUCCUAUGUGGCUCUGAAUAUCACGGAACACGCAAUCACUUAUCAGGGUGGCUCACAAAAGGGAGAGAUCUUGUUAUUGGAGUUCUUCAUCAAGGAUAUCUUUGCUCACGGGCGCCCUCUGUUGACGGAAUCCGGACGUAGUAUGGUGUCUGUCUUCAUUCAAUUCCACCGAGAGUUAGGAAACAUGGUCAACACCUACUUUCAGACCUUUCUUCUGUGUCUCAUGGCUUACUUAACACUAUACAUCAAUUUAGCCGACUUUGGAAACAGAUUCAUGGGAGCCCUGACGUCGCUCCUGGUCUUGGCAUCCCUGUUAGCCUCCAUUGAGGAAAAUCUUCCCAAGACAUCAUAUUUCAAGAAGAUUGACGUGUGGUUCAUGUCUUACAUCAUAUUCAUAUUUGUUAUCAUCGUAUUUCAUAUCUGUGUGGAUUUCUGCACUGGCCAACGCGAUGAGAUGUUCGACAACACGAAUUUGAUGGUUAGACAGACCAAACGCUCGGCCAUUCACUUGAACAACUGGGGAAAGGUGGUCUUUCCAAUCGUUCUGAUCGUCUUCACUAUCCUUUAUUUCGUUCUUUCGCUCAUCUAAGAUAGCCCCUACCACUUGCUUUUCUUCGUCAGAUUCAAAUAAAUGGAUAUUUGGUCAA